ACUGGACGCCGGCUUUUUCUGAUCCGUGUUCAUGUUUAGACUCCACCUUUGCACACCCACGGAGCAGAAAGGACGGACAGCGCCAGGAGUGUGAAAAGACUCGGCCAUAAUAACCGGUGGCGGUGGAAGCGGUAGUAGCAGCGGACCAGAGACGAACCAGAGCAGAGUCAAUACUUUUUAAGUUGUCUAGUGCUGAAGUAGAGCAACGCGCAGUAGCACCAGUUUCCCUCUUUGUUUUCAUACAUUUCUUUAUUAUUGCUCUGCCUUAAAUGUUAAAAUAUAUUUUAGCUCUGGCUGAUAUAGGUCUACGGAACUUUCUUAUCUGACUUGUCCUGCCAGCACUUAUUUUAUGGUUCGCAUUUACCCCUGAACCCGAGUGGAAGCGAUACUAUCUGGGAUAUUGUUCCAUAAACCUAUUCAUUUAGUUUGUCCUGCGUUAUCGGUGAUAUGCGUCUUUUCUAUACGGACAUUAUUAGAGGAACUCAUAGCAAUAAAUAACAGUUUAUUUUAUUUUAUAUAUAUAUAUAUUUUUACAGGAUUUUAUUUAUUUAUCCCAUGUUGGUUAAUUUAUUCCAGUAACCUAAACUACAUGUAGCCUACCCCCCCCCCCAAAAAAAAAAAAAACAUUUGGACACGUUUAUAUUUUGGAGACUGAUUUGUCAUUGAGAAAUUAUAUUUGAAGGGACAUAUAGCCGACAUUGAAGAGAAGGGAUUGGCGACAUCCAGGGCACCGAGAGCACCUGGGACAAAUCGCGGUGGCGUAACCCGGUAAAGAUGCUCACUUUUUGGAUGCAGCGUGACCAAGGCCUCUGUCCUCUACUGGUUCUCAUUGUUCUCACCAGUGGAUAUCUCGUCUCUGAUGCUGAGACCAGUGACUACAGCGAGGUGGUAUCAGACUCCUUCCCCUCCGCCCCGGCAGAACCUCUCCCAGAGUUCCAGCUGGAACCCGAGGACGGGUUCGUCGUGAAGAACCGUCCGGUGCAGCUGCGCUGUAGGGCCGCCCCCGCUACGCAGAUAUACUUCAAAUGUAAUGGAGAGUGGGUCAACCAGAACGAUCAUGUGACCAAAGAGAGCCUCGACCAGAUCACAGGCCUGGUGGUGAGGGAGGUGGAUAUCUCUGUAUCGAGGACCCAGGUGGAGGAACUGUUUGGUCUGGAAGACUACUGGUGUCAGUGUGUGGCCUGGAGCUCUGCAGGCACCACCAAGAGUAGCCGUGCUUACGUCCACAUCGCAUACCUGCGUAAGGCCUUUGAGCAGGAGCCUCUGGGUCGAGAGGUGAGAUUGGAGCAGGAGGUGUUGCUGCAGUGUCGACCCCCUGAGGGCAUUCCUCCUGCUGAGGUUGACUGGCUAAAGAAUGAGGAAACCAUAGACCCAUCUCAGGACCCUAACUUCCUGAUGACCAUUGAUCAUGACCUCAUUAUUAAACAGGCCCGUCUCUCUGACACGGCCAACUACACCUGUGUGGCACGUAACCAUGUAGCCAGGAGACGCAGUAGUACCGCCACGCUUAUCGUCUAUGUGAGUGGGGGCUGGUCUUCGUGGACUGAGUGGUUGGAGUGUAGCGCCCGCUGUGGGCGGGGCUGGCAGAGACGGACACGCAGCUGCACCAAUCCCGCUCCUCUAAACGGGGGUGCCUUCUGCGAGGGCCCGCCUUUUCAGAGAGUUACAUGCACCACUCUAUGUCCAGUGGACGGAGGCUGGACAGAGUGGGCCAAGUGGUCAGUGUGCGGGACAGAAUGUACCCAUUGGACAAGCAGGGAGUGUCAGGCCCCCCCUCCCCGAAACGGAGGACUCCACUGUAGUGGGAGCAUGAUGGAGAGCAAGAACUGCACCGACGGACUCUGUAGACGCACGUUGGACCCGGGUAUUGGUGUAAUGGUGUAUGCCGGCCUGGUGGGGACGCUGUUACUCUCUGUGGUGCUGGUACUGUGUGUUGGGGUGUUGGCAUACCGACGCAACUGUCGCCAUCUCCACGGUGAUAUCACUGACUCCUCCUCCGCCCUCACCGCCGCCUUCCACCCCGGCAACUACAAACCACCCAGACAGGACAACCCUCACCUCCUCCACCCCUCUGCGCCCCCAGACCUGACAGCCACAGCAGGGGCCUUCAGGGAUCCUCUCUUCUCCCUGCGGCAGGGUGCCAACGAUGGUCACCACAAGAUCCCCAUGACAACCUCUCCCCUGCUGGACCCCCUGCCCAGCCUCAAGAUCAAGAUGUACAACUCGUCCACCCUGUCAUCCCUGGAGCUGCCAGCAGAGCUCCGCGGCGACCCUGAGAUCCUUGGCCUGAAGCACGUGGGCGGCACCAUGGGAAGGACUGUGGCAUGGGACAGCCUCGACAGAGAUGGGUACCACCACGGCUGUCAUCAUACAGUGGUCAGAGAUCCUGGCCACAGCACCUCCGCUACCCUGGGCAGCCUGGGGGGACGACUCGGCAUCCCCAACACAGGUGUGAGUCUGUUGGUUCCACCUGGUACUAUUCCACAGGGGAAAUUCUAUGAAAUGUACCUCAUUAUCAACAAGUCGGAGAAAACUACGUUACCUUCGGAGGGCAGUCAGACAGUGCUGAGCCCGGUGGUGAGCUGUGGUCCAUCAGGCAUGCUGCUGAGUCGACCUGUGGUCCUCACUCUGCCACACUGUGCCCAGCUAGAUACCCCAACACCAGACUGGACCCUCACCCUCAAAACACAGACACACCAAGGGGCAUGGGAGGAGGUGCUGACGGUGGGAGAGGAGAGUCUAUCGUCCCCCUGCUACCUCCAGCUAGAGGAGUCGAACUGCCACGUGGUGAUGGAGCAUUUGGGGACCUACGGUCUAGUGGGCCAGUCCUGCCCUCCCCAGCCCGCCUGUAAGAGGCUACAGCUGGCCCUGUUCGCCCCCAGAGCCCCCUGUCUCUCCCUGGACUACAUCCUGAGGAUUUACUGCACACAGGACACGCCACACGCCCUGAGGGAGGUGUUGGAAUUGGAGAGGAGUCUAGGAGGGGUGUUGAUGGAGGACCCUAAACCCCUGCUGUUUAAAGACAGUUACCACAACCUGCGUCUGUCCAUCCAUGACAUCCCUCACUCACACUGGAGGAGCAAACUACUGGCCAAGUACCAGGAGAUUCCUUUCCACCACAUCUGGAGUGGGGGUCAGAGACUCCUCCACUGCACCUUCAGCCUAGAGAGAGGCAGCCUGGCCGUGUCUCAGCUCUCCUGUAAGAUCUGUGUCAGACAGGUGGAAGGAGAGGGACAGAUCUUCCAGCUGCACACUGACAUACAGGAGACCCUCCCGCCCUGCUCCCCUAUCCCCUCCGGGGGUACCUGCCUGCCCUACUCCCAGGUGGGGCCCUAUGCCUUCCGUCUGCCCACCACCAUACGACAGAAGAUCUGUGCCAGUCUGGAUGCCCCCAGCGCCCGCGGCUGUGACUGGAGACUGCUGGCUCACAGCCUGGACUUCGACAGGUAUCUAAACUACUUUGCAACAAAGCCCAGCCCCACAGCUGUUCUGUUGGACCUAUGGGAGGCCUGUCACCAAGGUGACGCGGACCUGGUGUCCCUGGCGACAGCUCUCGAGGAGAUGGGCAAAAGUGAGGUGAUGGUUGUCAUGACGACAGACGGGGACUGCUGA